UUUAGGUGGAUUUUAACGGCAACCAAAAAAAAAAACAGGGGAAUAACAAUGGCAGGGAUAAUAAGUUGCUGUCUGAAUCUUCCUCUCCUAGAUCCCAACUCUAAACAAUUAUCAUCUCCCCUAGUCAAGACAACAUCACGGAUCUCUUGGAGGAGAACAGAGGAUGAGACAGAGCCGAGGAAGAACAAGUGUUCUCUUGCUUUGGCUGUGGCAGCGACUGUUGUGAUCGGCCUGAUUCAGACUAGUGACGUGGCGUCAGUUGAAGCGGCGGUUGUGAAAUCGUCGGCGAAAGAGGUGGUGCCGCGGAGGUGGAGCGACAAGAGAACUUGCCCGCCUUGGCUUGAGAAUUCACUCGAGACCAUCGUACCGGAAAAUCUUCCUCGUCCGUCGACUCAUCGGCGUUUGGAGUUAGCCGGACUUGCAAAACGUGACGCGCCACAGGUCGGUGCAGUGGUGACACGUGUCAACAGGGAUGCUUGUUUCUCCCUCUAAAUUGGAAGUUCAUUACGUGUACGCGAAAGUGUUAGGCAGGUGUAAAUAUUAUUCAGAAACAUAUUUGUAAUACACAAAAACCACUGUAUAUAAAAUGUAUAUAAAUUAAGGUCAUAGUUGCAUA